AUGGCUUCGGACUCAAUCCCGAUGGAGCCGAUGGAUCGGUCGUACAACAAGAAUUCCUGUGUGCGAGAUGAAGAAGUCCCCCCAGAGUCGGCCUUUUCCGUCGUUGAACCACCGCCAGACUUGUCAACGAUCACUUCCCAUACUCAUAUUCCGCUGGCGACGGAUGAGACAUUCCCCGAUGGUGGCAAACAGGCAUGGUCCGUCAUCAUGGGCUCGUUCUGCCUGUUGAUGGCAUCAUACGGCCUGAUGAACUCAGUUGGAGUCCUGCAGAACUACUUCGCCAAUCAUCAGCUGUCUCACUACUCAGCGAGUGAUGUCGGAUGGAUCUCUGGAUUAUUCGUCUUCCUGGGACUCAGUCUAGGCGUCCAGGUGGGACCUAUCUUCGAUCGAUAUGGACCGACAGGAGUCGUCAGUGCGGGAACGUGCUGUUACGUUGUCGCCCUGGUCCUGCUGGCAGAGUGCACACAGUACUGGCACUUUGUCCUCACGCUCGGCAUCCUUGGCGGUUGCAGUGCUGCUCUGCUAGCGACGCCGGCCAUGAGCACCGUGGCGCAUUGGUUUCAACGCCGCGUGGGGCUGGCCAUGGGAAUCGCUAUGGCCGGAGCCGCUUGUGGCGGAGUCAUGUUCCCGCUCGUCCUCCGUGCUGCCUUCGCACGGUUUGGGUACAAAUGGGCGAUUCGUCUCCUCGCCUUGAUGGUCUUCAUGAUCUGCGGGCUAGGGGUGGCCUUGCUGCGAUCGCGUUUACCUCGGGGAAGAAGCAAAUCGGUCAUCAACGUGCGAUGCUUCAAGGAUUCCCGAUUCAAUUGGCUUACGCUAGGAAUUUUCAGCCUUGAAUUGGUUGUCUUCGCAGGACUAGGUCUGUACCCAACAUACGUCAUGAUGCAGGGCUAUAGCGCAAAUACCAGCGCCAUUCUCUUGUCAAUUCUCAACGUGGCGUCAUUCGUCGGCCGACUCACUGCCGGUGCUGUGGCCGAUACGUACGGUCGUUUGAAUACACAAAUAUCCCUCAUCGGCAUGGGUAGCAUCAUUAUUUUCGCUGUCUGGCUUCCAUUUGGCAGCUCACUGGCCGGACUGUACGUUUUCAGCGUGUUGUUCGGCCUGGCCUCGGGCUCGUUUCUCAGUUUAGCUCCGGUCUGCAUUGGUCAGAUCUCCCCGGCGAGUGAAAUUGGAGGGCGUUUUGGAACGUGCUAUUCGAUUGUGAGCUUGGCGACUUUGAUCUGUAUUCCCAUUGGUGGUGAGAUGCUCGAAAAGGUCGGCAAGCAGGCGAUGGUGGCAUAUCUAGGCAGCAUGCUGAUUCUUGCCCUGGGUCUCUUUGUCAUGGCACGAUGGGCUUGCUUGAAUUAUCGUUGGAGCUGGGUAGCCAAGCUCUAG